AUGUCCCUGCCUGCGGUAAGACGUCUGACCCACACGUCUCCCCGCACUUUGGCCCGCAUCUCCAGAUUGCCCACUUUGGCUUCUUCCUUCUCCAUUCCCCGUACCUCUAUUUCUUGCACUCCUCGUUUCUCUACAAUGGCCGCCCGUCAAUCUGCCGCCCCGGCGGUUCAUACCACCAAGUCCUACGACCCGGAAAUUCAGGAUAUGGCCAGUUAUAUCCACGACUAUAAGGUGGAUUCCGACUUGGCAUUUGACACUGCUCGUCUGGUGUUCCUUGACACCCUUGGAUGUGGAUUGGAAGCUUUGAAAUUCAAGGAGUGCACGAAACUCCUCGGCCCUGUUGUAGAGGGUACUGUUGUUCCCAAUGGUACCCGUGUGCCUGGCACUCCUUACCAGCUCGACCCCGUAAAUGGAGCUUUUAACAUUGGCUCUAUGAUUCGCUGGCUCGACUAUAAUGACUGCUGGCUCGCCGCCGAGUGGGGUCACCCCUCGGACAAUCUAGGUGGUAUCUUGGCUGUGGCCGAUUGGAUCUCGCGCACAAACCGCGCCGGUGGAAACCUUGGAAAUGGCAAGAUCCUGAAGAUCCAUGAUGUCUUGGAGGCCAUGAUUAAGGCCCACGAGAUCCAGGGUGUUCUGGCUCUGGAGAACUCCUACAACAAGGUCGGCCUCGACCACGUUGUUCUCGUCAAGGUUGCGACCACUGCUGUCGUUUCCAAGAUGAUGGGUCUCACCGAGAAGCAGACUGCCGAUGCUAUUACCCAGGCUUGGGUGGACGGCCAGUCUCUGCGUACCUACCGCCACUCGCCCAACACCAUGUCGCGUAAGUCAUGGGCUGCUGGUGACGCCUGCCAGCGUGCUGUCAACCUGGUUCUCAAGGUCCAGAAGGGUGAGGGCGGUCUCCGCACCGUUCUCUCUGCUCCUACUUGGGGCUUCUAUGAUGUUCUGUUCAAGGGCAAGAAGUUCCAGUUCCAGCGCCCAUAUGGCAGUUAUGUCAUGGAGAACGUUCUGUUCAAAGUUUCCUACCCUGCCGAAUUCCACUCUCAGACCGCCAUUGAGGCCGCUGAAAAGGUCAACGCCAAGCUUGCAGCCAUGGGAAAGAGUGCCAAGGACAUCAAGGAGAUCACUAACCGCACACACGAGGCAUGCAUCCGUAUCAUUGACAAGCAAUUCAAGGAGAUGGACAACUUCGCCGACCGCGACCACUGUGUGCAGUAUAUGGUUGCCACCAUGCUCGUCUUCGGCCGCCUGACCGCUAGCGACUAUGCUGACGGCUCCGAGGCCGCCACCUCCCCUCUGCUGGAGGAUCUCCGCAAGAAGAUCCGUUGUGUUGAAGAUACCAAGUUUACCACCGAUUACCACGACCCAAGCAAGCGCACCAUCCCCAAUGCGCUAACCGUCACCCUGAACGAUGGGACAGUCCUUGAGGAGAUCGUCGUCGAGGCUCCUCUGGGCCACCGUCUCCGUCGCGAGGAGGCCAAGCCUGAGAUUCUGGCCAAGUAUAAGCGUCACAUUGAGGCGCACUUUGACCAGGCUCGUGUCGAUGAACUGCUGAAGCUGGGCUGGAACCGCUCUGAGCUGGAGAACUAUGAUGUCGACCAGUAUGUUGACCUCUACGUGAAGGACAAGGUUAUUGCCUCCUCGUAA